AUGGAAAAUGCAGCAGUCCUUCCUGUGGCCAAAAUCAGGUUUUCGUCAACAGACAAUGCUAUCCGAUGGCGGUUGUUGGUGGUCCAUGUAUGUUCAACGAGCAAGUGCACUGGCUAUUCCCAAUGUACGAACGGUUACUGUACGUGCCCAAAUGGUGCACCAGCAACUAAUGGCAUGUGCAACAUACAAAACAACGGUUGCAAGUCUUAUCAGGUACGAAAUCCUUCUGAAUAUUGCAACAUUAACAUAUUCCCGGAAAUAUUCGUGACGUUCAUUACUUCUAACAAGUUUCAUUGUGCUGUAAUUCAGGUAGCGGUGAACAAUCAAUGUCUGGAUAAGGUGUCAAUUGGUCAGAGCUGUACAAACAAUGCACAGUGCAUAGUGAAUGCUAUCUGCUCGACAACCUGCCAGUGCUCGUAUCCAUACAGUUACAAUGGCACCGCAUGCGUCACCGGAGUCUCUUAUUGCAGUCAGGGGAUGGUGUCGAUCGCAGGACAAUGUCUCCGACUGGUGCCACUCGGCCAAUCCUGUCAGUUACUCGGCUCAGUGCAUGGGAUUCGGCUCCUGUACGUCGUCGACAUGUCGGUGCCCUGGUUCGUAUACAGCCGCGAACGGCGGUGUGCCGAUGCCAUCAGCGAGUCUUCAUCCAACUGUAACUACGACCAGGUGCUCAUCGGCAACCAGUGCUACCCACUGGUGAAGAUCGGAGCUCAAUGCAUCUACAGCCAACAAUGUUCGGGUGGUUCAAGCUGUCUGUCAAACGUCUGUCGCUGCCCUUCAGGAACCUUUGAUAACGGUGACGGAUACUGCAGGAGUGGAGAUUAUCCCGGCACUCAGAUGUGCCGUUCGCCUACUGAGGAGGUCGUCUACGAGCCCAACUCUGUAACACCGAUCAACUGCCGGUUUUCGUCGUGCCCGUCCAACAGCUAUUGCUACGCUAAUCCACAGAUGCAGCAGUCAUUUUGCUGUCGGUCAAGGCAAAGCGGUGGAGGGAGUGGAAAAUGCAAGAAUCCGUCGGAAUCCAUUAUAUAUGAGAAUGGGAAAGCCAUCAAUUGCCUGUACUCACAGUGUCCAUCGAACAGUCACUGCGAGCACAGCAGCAGCGAACAACAGUACGUGUGUUGUCGAUAA